AUGCCCAUUUUCUUAUCGGAACCACACUACGACCCCAAUGUGACGGUGGUAGACUACAGAAUAACCAACGACAACUACAACAUCUACGACAUCUACUUCCACCACCACCGUAUCCACACCGACGUCACCUUCGAACCUUCCUAUGUCGACUCAUGGAUCUCCAAAACCCUCCGCGACCACCCCCACCGCCCCCUCACCAUCGGCCUCGACGUCGAGUGGCGCGCCACCUUCGGACGUCCCAUCGACAACCGCAUCGCCACCCUCCAGCUCAGCGUCAGCGACACCUGUCUCGUGUUCCAGAUUCUCCACGUGCCUUCCAUCCCCAACUCCCUCACCUCCUUCCUCGCAAAUCCUAACCACACCUUCGUCGGCGCAGGAAUCGGCGACGACAGAGACGGACCCACGUUGCUAGCAUAUGGGGCAAAUGACCCCACUUAUAUGUUAUAUUUUUACUGCUUGAAAUUUUUAUGCGCAUAUUGCCUCCACGACAUAAAAUUUCUGGAUCCGUCACUGAGCGGCGACGUCGACAAGCUUCGCGACCACUAUUCCCUCCACGUGGCCAGCUUCGUCGACCUCCGUGACCUCGCCGCCGACGUGAUGGGCGACAGGGAGAUGAGGAGUGCGAGCCUGAAGACGCUGGCCAUGCGCGUGAUGGGGAAGGAGCUUGUGAAGCCGCGGCGGAUCACGCUUGGCGCGUGGGAUAGACGCUGGCUUGACGUUGAGCAGGUUCAAUACGCCGCCGUUGAUGCCUACGUCUCCUUCGAGAUUGGACGCCGUCUCUACUCUGAUGACCUUUGA